AUGUUAUUGUUAUUUCGAAUUUUCUAUGUGUUUUACCUGUUAGCCUGUGCCUUGGCAGGAAUUACAAAACUUAUUGCCUUGAAUGCCAUAAAAGCGAAUAAAAAAUAUGAAAUCCCCGGCGGACUUCAAUCACAAAGUAUUGUUUACGGUUUUGCUACCAUUUUAUGUCUGUGGUGUACAGUAUAUGGCGCAUUAUCUUUUUAUGUUGUUAUAAAUAACCCUGAAAUUAGUAAAAAAGUUCCAUUAUUUUGUACAUCUCACGAACUUCCUUCAGAUAUAAAAUUUGCCUGUGAUGCAAGGCUAGUUGAUUACGUGUUGGCUUGGAUCUUCUUUAUAGUAUUCUUUAUAAUGUGUUGUGGUACUAAACAUGAUGUUGUAGAGGUUGAAGUUCUUCAUCAUGAAAAUCGUGAUGUUAGUGAAAACCGUGAUCUUGAUGUGGAGAAAGCUCAACAAAAUGAAAAAAAUGAUAGCAAAAAUGUGACCACUACUUCUUCCUUACUGAAAGAACUUUAUACACAAUUAAAUGAUAUUACAAAUGAUGUUAUGCGUGGAGGAUUAUUUGAACCCAUACCUCAUUGUAUAGCACACAAACUUCAUAAAGCAGAUGUAAAAAAAAUUCUUACCCAUUUUGAACGAAAUCAUGAUGAAUCCGUAAUAUUUCAAAUUCCUGAAGUUUCUUCUGAUUGGAUUGAUAAUAUAACUCAUAAUUUAGCAAUAACAUUAAAGACAACACCAGAAAAAUUAAAAAAUUAUGGUACUAAAAUAGCUAAUAUUAUUUCAACAAUUGGACAUGGAACUUGGACUGGGGGAGGAGGAGGAAUUACAUCUUUAAAUGUAAUUAGAGAUAUUCAUAUUAACUUUCCAUUAUAUAUCUCAGAUUAUUUUGAUCAAUUACAUGGUUGGUCGAGAGAAAAUUCUUUUGAUCAACAUGAAUUUCAUAGAAUUGGAUCAAAAUUUGAAUUAUUAAAAGGUAGUAAUAAACCUUAUCCACCACAAAAUCCUUGGGGUCCCGAAACUGCAUUAUCAGGAAAAUUUGUGAAAUUUCAUUGGAAUCUUCCUGAACUUGAUGUUCAUUGUCAUUUUACUUUUGAUCCAAAACAUAAAAAACCUUCAUUCAUGCAAAAUAAUGAUGCUAAAAUUGGAGAAGUAUAUAGAUAUUUUGCAUUCAUAGAUUUUUAUAAACAAGCUCUUAUCUUCAAUGAUGAUGGAAAGAUUGAAAAACAAAUUUAUGAUUUUACUAAUUCUGCACAACUUUGGAGAAUUGAAAAUUAUGGUAAAUUCUAUGCACUAUAUAACAAGAAAUAUGAGUUCUAUCUUACAAUCCAAUCAGAAAAAUUGGGCCAGACAAAAAAAAAACCUGAAAACAAUUGGUCCCCAUCCGCGUUAUUACUUAUUGAAAAUCCCGAAACAAAUACUUAUUCAAUUGGAAGUACAAGAAAUAAUGUAGAUAUUGAAUUCCCAAAUAUAUUGAAAGAUCUCACACUUGUUACUAUUCCUUUGGUUGCCUGGAAAAAUCAUAAAAACAAAUUCGUUACUAUAACUGAUCAAUCAAAUGGUACAUUGGGUUUCGAGAAAGCAUCUCGAUUGACACAAGCUUUAAUUACAAAGAAACCACCAUCACCAGGAAAAGGAGCACGAUUUCGAGUUUGGAAAGCAGACCCAUCAGUUAAAAAGAUCGGAAUAAGAGAACUUUACCUUCCCAUUACGGAUAUUACGGAUGGACCUUCUGAUUCAUGGUUUGAAAUCGAACCAAAUAUACCACCAAUUUCUCCAGAUGAGAAUGGAGAUUUUUUACUUGAUUUCGAUGAUAGUAUUCCAUCAACAAUUCCACCAUCACUUUCUCAUGCAAAAUUUGAUGCCGUUCAUACUUUUGCUAUAUGCCGAUAUGUAUUUAAUUUAUUAUUCAAUGAUAUAGAAUAUCUUGAUGGAAAACCUCCAAAAUUAGAAAGACCAUGGACGAAUGCUUUUUAUAGUAAAGUUGAUUCAAAUAUAAGAUUUUAUUAUGUUAAGAAUAAAAAAGACGAACCUAUUUAUCUAUGUCGUUCACUUGACAUUGUUGCUCACGAAACUGGACACGCAUUUUUAGAUAUACUUCAGACUAAUUGGUUGGUUACUGGACAAACUGGUGCACUUCAUGAAGCUUUUGGAGAUUUAUGUUCUAUGUUUACUAUCCUUUCCAUGGAUGACAUGGUAAGUUUAUUAAUAACUACCACAAAAUCAUCUCUUCGAACUGCUAAUAAUUUCUUGGCGGCAAUUGGAGAAGAAUUUGGAGAUUUUCUAUAUGAUAAUCAUGGAAAAGGAUUAAGAAAUUUAUCAAAUGAUCUUAAAGGUUCAACAGCAGGAAAUGAAAUUCAUAAUCUAUCUUUGGUUUUUAGUGGAUUCGUGUAUGAUGUGUUGGUGGAUAUAUUUAAUAUGGAAAGAAAUCCUUUAAUUAAAAGUGAUGCCCAAACAUUAAUGGAUGUUUCGACAAAUUUACGUCGUGCUUUAAUUAUUGCAAUUCGAGUAAGUUCAAUUGAACCAACCGAAAAUAAAUUUCAAGAGCUUGCUACAAAUUUAGAAAUUUCUGUUGGUACAUUGGGUAGAAGACUUGGAGUGGAUUUAUCUAAAUGGAAAAAAAUUAUUCAAUAUAAUUCCUUAAAACGUGAAUUAGCAAUUGCUGGUCAAUCUUAA